GAAAGUUACACACCCCAUCGCUGAGUGAUCACGAUAAAAGAAAAUGGCUUCGUGUGGCAUACACAUGUCUUUUAUCUGCCGUAACGUUCAAAGCAGGUGUUGAUGGAUACUAGAGUUAGUUUUAGUGGAAAAAUAGAAAAGACGUUUAUUUUAUAUUAAGACCAUUACUAGCAGUUAAAAUUACUUAAUGUUACUUGAUAGCAAGUAGGCUGUGAUAAUGGAUAGUUCAACUGGCUUAGCUACCCAGAAAAAUGGUGCAAAUGCGGAGGAGAAGGCGACCGAAGUCACCUCGAACGAGGAGCAAAUUGCAGAACCAGCUGUGACAAUAAAUGUGGCGCAUCAAAAUGAUACAAACUCACAACAUAUGAAUUCCAAGACUGAACCCAGUGUGGACGAAUCCCGUAUUCAAAACAUAAGCAAUAACGACGAGUUGUGUGAUAAUGUAAAGCAGUUAAAUUUGGUCGAGGAUGAGGCGGCAUCGGUUCCGAUUCGACCCUCAAAUAUAUCAGAGUCCCUGUCUAAUCUGUUGGCGUACGGAAGUUCAUCCGAAGAUUCCGAAAUCGAUUCAGCUAGCGAGUCUGAUUCGGACGAGAAACACGAAGAGAACUAUCGCGACCCGAAGGCGGAUACUAGUGACUCGUCUGAUAAUGAAAGUUCCGAUUCCGAAUCUGAAAUAGCAGCCAAGGAAGUGAAGCAGCCGAGUAAACCUGUCACUCAUAUCGAAGGCGAGCUCGGUUUGAAAGAUUUACCCCCAGUUCCGGACUUAUCCACAUUGAAUAUUGAUCUCAAACAAACCGACUGCAUUCAAAUGGGGAACGUGACUAGUAUCGUCGAUAGUUUAGUAACGAUCCAGUCAUUACCGAACGUGCCGGCGUACGACCUAGAUACGCUCCUAUUUCUGGAUGAGGGCAGGCAACCGUUGGGCUACGUUCACGACGUCAUGGGACAGGUGACUUCGCCUAUGUACGUUGUUCGUUUUAAUUCCAAGCAGGAGAUUGAAUCAAAGGGAAUUUCCAAGGGUCUACCGGUUUAUUCCGCCCCAAACACCGAGCAUACUCAAUACGUGUUUUUGAAAGAACUGAUGAAAAUCAAGGGCAGUGAUGCCUCCUGGAAGGGAGAUAAUGAAGUACCAGUUGAAUUUGUCGAUUUUUCGGAUGACGAGACGGAGUACACAUUCUCAAAGCAGCACCUCAAUGAGAAGGACAUCUUCGACAAGAAACGCAAGAGAAACAGCUUUGAAAAGCACCGGAUGUUCGAAACGGCUAUGAAUCUCAAGAAUAAAGUGGACACGGCACGUCACAAAAUGCGCGAUUCGUACGAGCCGACACCAAAACGAUAUGUACCGCAAACCACUCAGCCCACUUUCUACUUCGCCCCACCCAACAUCAACCAAGUUCGUCAGCAGUGCAGUUCUAGCUUUACAAAUUUCCCGCCGCCGAGCUACCCGAUUCCGCCUCCGAAUUUCGGCUACAUGAGCAUGGGACCGGCCGUGCUUCGCAUGCAACCCUACAAUGCGCAAUUCGGGCACCCAAUGCCGCCAUUUCCCCCGAACACCCAACCGUUUGUGCCAUCCACGUUCGGACCCCCGAAUAUACCGCCCCUUCCGGGCGUGCCCCACGUAUUACCGCAGCCCCCGCCUCCCGGCGGCUACCCGGUGACCCUGCCGGUAAUCCCGCCGCCGAUAAUGAACGUACCUAAGCCGCCGAUGACCAAGAUUGUAAAACCCCUAAAAUCCAAUCCGAACGGUGGUGGGGUGGUACCGAAGACGCAGCCGGCGCGUAGCUCGAAAGUCUACGUGCCAUCGUCUAGCGAAUAUCAGCCGCUCUACCCGCCCAACUUAGGUCUUCCGAAAGCUCCAAUACCUCCUUUCAAUUCGAACCCCCCGCUAACGAUGGCGACGACCAUCCCACCAAAUUUCUGUCCUCCAAUGCCGCCUUGGGCGUUCAACGUGGCGAGACCUCAGCACAGCAGUAGAGGUUUUCAGCCUCAUUUUAACGCGAGAAGUCGACCAUUUCAGAAACAGUGAUCGGUUCAGCUUGUUGUUUGUUGUUAUUUUAUCUUUUUAUUAUUAUUGUUAAUUUUCGUUUUCAAAUUGUAUACAGCAGUAUUAGAAAAGAGAAUCUGCUUAAAUUACGUGUAUAUUUGCAUUACCAAGGUAGAAGAAAACUGAAUGUUUCUAAUUUCCUUUUUUCGUAAAGAAGAAGAAAAACAAAAAAGAAAUGGGAAUGUGUUUGAUUUUGUGUAAGUAUAUUAACUCGCAGCUCCGGUGUUACUCAAUGCUUAAAAGAUUAUGCACAAGAAAGAUGUGUGACACUUAGAAUUUUCAUAAUCUUGAUGUUUAGCAACUACAAAAUGUUUUUAGAGUUAUGUACGUACACAUUUGUUAGAUUAUAUGGGAUUUUCAUUUACACAGUGACGAUGUAUUUACAAAGAAUUUGAAAUUAUAGAAAUGUUCCUUUUCAACAACUAAUAUUUUUUAUUACAUACUGUGUAUUCCAAUAAAUAUUUUUAUUAAGAAGUAGAAUUUAUUUCGUAUUAAUAUUUGUAUAACUAUAAUCGAUAUUGAUAUGUUAUAACUUUCAUCUUAUUAAAAAAUCAUUUUGCCA